UCAGAAAACCACUUCGAGGCCGCUUGUUCCCACCCACCCGGGGCGCAUCCUGCUUUCCCCCUCUCGAUGGGGCCGAGACGCCGGCACGCUCGGGACUCAGGCGAGGGCCAAUCACCGCUGCGCUACCAGAGGCGCCUGUGCCCGGCGAGCCAAUAGACGGGGCUGUUACUCGACGCUGGCUGAGGGGGCGGCCUGACGGGCGGCGCGUGCCGGGGUCGCUCCUGCCCUCGCAUCCCGCCGGAGCGGCGUGGCAGGGAAGCUCCGCAGUGCGCGUCAGCCGUGGCGCCCGGGGCGGCGGCGAGGCUUUAAACCACGCUCUUCCCCGCUGCAGCCGACGUCGCUCUGGGGCUCCCCGCGGCGGGCAGGGGAACGCACGGGCGCUGUCUAGAAGGCGGCGACACACGGGCGCCCCGCCUGGCUCCAGCACUAGGGUGGGCGGGGCAGCUCCGCAGGAGGGGCGCGUUUGAUCCCCGGCUGCCGGCAGCGCCCGAGUCCGCAGACUCUGCAGAGCCUUAACCGAGAGCCCCUUUCCCAGAGCUCCGGCUCACAGUGCUGGGCCGCCCCGCCUCGGCCGGGAGCUCCCGCGGCUGGCCGGCCCGCCCGGAAGGGGCGGUGGCCCCGGCGAUGGCGGACGAGGCGCUGUUCCUGCUGCUGCACGGCGAGAUGGUGGCGGGCAUGUACCGCGCCGCCGAGCAGGGCGAAGGGGAGAACGGGCGCUGCACCACCAAGCUGGAGAGCAUGGGCUUCCGCGUCGGACAGGGGCUCAUCGAGAGGUUUACAAAAGACACUGCCAGGUUCAAGGAUGAAUUAGAUAUUAUGAAGUUCAUUUGCAAAGAUUUUUGGACAACGGUAUUCAAGAAACAAAUAGAUAACCUAAGGACUAAUCACCAGGGUAUUUAUGUCCUUCAAGACAAUAAAUUCCGUCUCUUGACACAAAUGUCUGCAGGAAAGCAGUAUUUAGAGCAUGCACCAAAGUAUUUAGCAUUCACCUGUGGACUAAUCAGAGGAGGCCUAUCAAAUCUGGGAAUAAAGAGUAUUGUAACAGCUGAAGUUUCAUCAAUGCCUGCAUGUAAAUUUCAGGUGAUGAUACAGAAGAUGUAGAGCACAUUCAAAUCUAGGUAUCUACUUUAAAAAGCCUUUGUAUGUGGAUUCAGUAUCUUGGUUCAGUCUUGUAUAUAAGAUGUAAAUUAUAGUAGUAUGCAGCACAAUUCCAAAAUAUGUAAUAAAUGCUCAUUGAAAUAACACUA